AUGGCUCCCAAAAGAGGACGACCACCUAAAAAGGUAUCCAAUAACGAAGCAGCCAACGGCGCUCCCAAACGCAGAGGCCGACCACCUAAACAACCCAAAUGGGUAGGUUGUCCACCAAAAAAUACACAGCCAAUCACUCCAGUCAUGCAAAAGCGUAAGGCACCCAGCAGACCUGCAAAUACAAUGCAGCGUAACAAACGGGACAGGGGGUUUUUGGAUGAUGGGGACAGGGUGUUACACAGGCUUAUAAAGAUAGUAAAAAAACGUUUCAGUAAAAGUUUUAGAUCAUACUAUUAUAUAGAAAAUGUAUUUAUUAAUGUACAUAUUCUUUCAGAAACACGGCAAAAUAUCCAAGCUUUAGCAUUUGAAUUAAGACAGAAAUCUAUCAAAAGCUAUGUGUCGUUUUUGUUUUACAUCUUUUACGAUCUUAAUCAGAUUGCUUAUAAAUGCACAGACUUUGUACUCCAAAAAAUAAAGGCCAAUUAUAUGGUCUUCCAAUUAGUUGGAUGCCAAUAA